UGGGUUUUUUAAUCUUAACACCGGAAUCCUCUGCCUCUUUCUCAUCCUUUCAGUUGAUUUCUAUUCCAGUUCCAUCCCUCGGCUGCUGCAUCGUGUCUGGUAUAUUUGCACUGAUUACUCGCUGUUACCCUUGAGAAGGUGGCGAUGGGAUAUCUUCCAGCCCCAAUGGUGAAGGUAUUCCCACAUUUCUCUUGAGUGGGGGAGUUCCAGGUUUUUGCCUCAGUGCUGAUGAUAUUGGUCCAAGUUUGGAUGAUAUGUGACUUGGAGGGGAAUUUUGAGAUUGUCCUGUGGAAGACUCUUACUGCCUAUAUAAGCACAAGGAGACUGGAAUAUUCCAGAAUCUCCGGCACCUGCCUCUGCUCCAUCAUCUGUGAAGCUUUGUGAAUAGGUGUGACCGAUGCCGAAAAACAGUAAGGUUACACAACGUGAGCACAGUAAUGAGCCUGUCACGGAGUCUGUCGCCGACCUCCUUGCUGGAGAAGAACCUAUUGACUACAAGCACAGUGUGCUCAAUGUAGGAGGAGUCCCACCCACCAAGGACAAGGAUGUAGAGAACACAAUGGAGAUCGAUGAUCGGCCAGCCUGGAACAAUAAACUGCAGUAUAUCCUGGCUCAGAUUGGCUACUCGGUGGGUCUGGGAAAUGUCUGGCGUUUUCCCUACCUGUGUCAGAAAAAUGGUGGAGGUGCUUAUCUUGUUCCGUACUUCAUCCUGCUUCUUAUCAUUGGGAUUCCUCUAUUUUUCCUGGAGCUUGCAGUGGGCCAGAGAAUAAGGAGGGGAAGUAUUGGUGUCUGGAAUUAUAUCUGUCCCAGGCUGGGAGGCAUUGGAUUUGCAAGUUGUAUUGUUUGUUUCUUUGUUGGGCUUUACUACAACGUCAUCAUUGGUUGGAGUAUAUUUUACUUUUUCAAAUCUUUCCAGUCUCCCCUCCCAUGGAGUGAGUGUCCACUAAUCACCAAUGGCACUGUUACCAUCAUAGAACCAGAAUGUGACAAGAGUUCAGCUACAACCUACUUCUGGUACAGAAAUACGCUAAACAUCUCCAACAACAUUAAUGAUGGAGGUGGUCUCAAUUGGAAGAUGACACUUUGUUUGUUGUCUGCCUGGUUUAUUGUAGGAUUAUGCACAAUCAAGGGCAUCCAAUCAUCUGGCAAGGUGAUGUAUUUCAGUUCUCUGUUUCCGUACGUUGUUCUGAUAUGUUUCCUGAUCCGAAGUCUCCUACUCAGAGGUUCAAUUGACGGAAUUCUUCAUAUGUUCACUCCUAAGUUGGAGAAGAUGAUGGAAUCGCAGGUAUGGAGGGAAGCUGCUACACAAGUCUUCUUUGCUCUUGGUCUUGGGUUUGGGGGAGUCAUCGCGUUCUCCAGUUACAACAAGAAAGACAACAACUGCCAUUUUGACGCAGCCCUUGUCGCUUUCAUUAAUUUCUUCACCUCUAUUCUGGCAACACUUGUGGUGUUUGCGGUCCUAGGGUUCAAAGCCAAUGUGAUGAAUGAGAAAUGUGUCAUAACGAAUUCUGAAAAGAUUAUCGGAUACCUGAAUUCCAAAGUCCUGAGCCAUGAUCUGAUUCCACCACACAUCAAUUUCUCACACCUUACAGCCUCUGAUUAUGCAGAAAUGUACAGUGUCAUAAAGACAGUGAAGGAGGAUCAUUUCAAGGAAUUAGGGCUGGACACAUGUCAGCUGGAGGAUGAGCUAGAUAAGUCGGUACAGGGAACAGGCCUGGCAUUUAUUGCCUUCACAGAGGCAAUGACCCAUUUCCCAGCUUCCCCCUUUUGGUCUGUGCUCUUCUUCCUGAUGCUCAUUAACCUUGGACUGGGCAGCAUGAUGGGAACAAUGGAAGGAAUCAUGUCACCAAUUGUUGACACAUUUAAGGUUCGCAAAGAGUUUUUAACAAUUGGUUGCACAGUGGUUGCUUUCUCAAUCGGACUCAUCUUUGUCCAGCGUUCCGGAAACUACUUUGUCACAAUGUUUGAUGACUAUUCCGCCACAUUGCCCCUCACAAUUGUGGUUAUUUUGGAAAAUAUCUCCGUGUCUUGGGUUUAUGGGACAAAAAAAUUCAUGCAGGAGUUAACAGAAAUGCUGGGCUUCACUCCGUACACCUAUUACUACUACACCUGGAAGUACGUCUCUCCUUUGGCCAUGGUUAUCCUGAUGGUAACCAGUAUUAUUCAGAUGGGCAUCACUCCACCAGGAUACAAUGCCUGGAUAAUGGAGGAGGCUGUGGAGAAGUUCCUGAUAUUCCCAGGCUGGGCCUUGGGAGUAACCAUUACACUGAUUGUAGUGGGAAUUCUUCCCAUUCCUAUUGUCUUCAUUGCCCGCCACUUUCACCUUGUAUCCGAUGGGUCCAAUACUUUAUCUGUUUCAUACAAAAGAGGUCGAAUGAUGAAAGAUAUAUCCAACUUGGAUGACCACGAUGAGACAAGGUUCAUCCUGAGCAAGGUCCCCAGUGAGACGCCUUCCCCAAUGCCCACCCAUCGCUCCUAUAAUGGACCUGAUAGCAUCUCGCCAAUGGAAAUGACUGCUGCCAAUGGACGAUACGGGGUUGGCUACCUAUCAGCAGGCACUCCUGAAUCUGAACUCUAAGGUGGAUUGAGGGUGGAUACUCAGCUCAAAAUGCAUUUGUAAUAUAAAGUGAAACAGUAAGUGGUGCAACGAUUAAUCAUCAGUUGUUACUAGGGCAAACAAUUCACAACUAGAUCGAUUUGACAAUGAUAUUCACUGGUAUAUAACAAUACAGAUAGUGUAAGCAGAAUGGUCAAUGAUAGGCUCAUCCAGUAUUGGACCUUCAGCAGUGUAGGCACUGGAUCUGAUGCUGGACCUGUUUCAGUGUAAGCAUUACAUGUAACAUUGAGAAUGCAUUUUAAUCAACCUGGCUCUAUAUCAGCACAGGCAACACAUAUACCUCCCAAGACAGCACAGAAUAUACAUAUAUAUAUAUUUCUCUAUCAACACAAGUAUCACAAAAAUUCUGCCUAUAAAAGCACAGAUUUCCAUAUAUUCCAGCCUUAUAAUAAUACAGGCAUUAUACAGAGUAACCUCUUAUCUAUACACUGAAAUGUAUCAACUGAUAUAUAUGCUGACCCUGAUUCAGCAAAAUUGCGGUAUAUCCUCCACCUGCAUAAGCAGAUAAAAUAUACCUUCAUAUUAUUGCUGGCUGUACAAAAACUGCACAUUCUCUGUCAGCACAAUUAGCACAAAUGUCAAAUAGAUUUUUAGCGCAAGCACUAUGUUUCUCAGCCCUGAUUUAGUACAACUACUUUAUAUAUUAGACCUAUGCCUGCUCAUAAAUAUAGAUGUAGGAAGACUCCUACUGUAUUAAAUGCAGAUGCUGCAUAUAUAACUCAGAUGUCAGUACAAAUGUAUGUACUUGCUGGAUGUCCACACAGGUGUCUUAUGUAGUAUCAAUGUCAGUACAAAUGUUCCAUGUACAUACUGUGUUAUUGGAUAUUGGAUGUAGAAGCCACAUCAGUACAGAUGCUGUACUUAUCAGACUUGUGUCAAUAUGGAUGUUGCAUGUAAAAGCCAGUUAACAAUAUGGAUGCUGCCAGUACUAGCUAAGUAGUAUGUACGUAUGUUGCAUGUCUUAACUCUGUAUAGAUGUUGUAUGUACCUGCUGUGUGUCGGUACAAACAUUAUAUCUGCUAGCCAUGUAUCAAUAUGAACGGUGCAUGCACUAGACAUGUCAGUGCAGAAUUUGCACUGACUAGCCAUAUCUAUAUGUAGUUGUUGCAUGUACUUGCUAUGCAUCAGCAGAAAUGUUGUAUGUACUUGCUCUGUCAGUAAAAGGGUUGCAAGAGAUUGGAAUGCAUUAGUGCAAUGCAUGGAAUAGUCAUGUGUCAGUACAAAUGUUGCAUGUGCUAGCCAUAUUACUAUUGAUCUUGCAUGUAUGUAGUUUGUCUCAGAACAGAUGUUACAUAUACUACCUACAUCAAUGGAGAUUUUGCCUGUGUUAGCUCUGUCUCUGUACCAAGGUUGCGAGUACCAUCUCAGUGUCUGGAUGUUGUGUUUACUAGCCUUAUGACACACAAAUGUUGCAUGAGCAGUGUGUCACUACAGAUGCUGCAUGCACUAGCUGCAAAGUCUGUACAGAUGUUGCAUAUACUGGCUAUGUACGUAUCAGUGAAGGUAUUGCAAGCACUAGCAGUAUUUCAGUACAGAUAUUGUAUAUGUUGUGUAUCAGUAGUGAUGUUGCAUGCUUUUGUCAUGUCUGUACAACUGUUUCAUGCUCUUGACAUGCGAGUAUAGAUGUGAAAGUACUAGCUAGGUAUCAAUAUAGAUAAUGCAAGUACAAAUAAUAUCAUUUGCUGUGCAUCAGUACUUGAAUGUUGCAAGUACCAGCUGUGUUGUCAGUAUAAAUGUGGCACUCACUUGUCACUUGUCAAUACAGAUGUUUUAUGUAUUGUCAUGAGUUAGACCUCAGUACAGAUGUGAUAAGUACUGGCCACACGUCUGUAGGGUGUCACAAGCACCGGCAGCUGGUGAGUACAGAUGCUGCAUGUACUUGCUGUCUGAGCAGAGAUGUUAGGUGCAUUCUGAGUUUGGAUUUGCUUCCAUGUACUUAUAGUAAGGCUAUAUUAAUGGACCCACUGAUUAUCCUGAUCCAGUGUUUGUACUAAUCCAGGGCUAGCACAUUAUGUGGACUGAUACAUCCAUGCACAAGUGAUACAGCAUUUAAGGGAAAGAUUCCUCCAUUAGGUAGAUUAACUUCCACGUAUCAGGUCUCAUCAACCAUAGAUCUGCAGGCAGACUCUCAACCAAGCACAAAUGACAGGAGCAUAUUGGUACAUGGAAUCAUCAACUAUAAGAAGAGCAGGUCUCUGAAAGCAAAUACAUCAAAUACAUGUUACAUUUUCCAUAAAUAUUACUGUAUUCUGAAUACAAUCUUUUACUCUCUAGUUCCUCAUUACUGAGACAAAGCCCUAACAAUCAAGGCCAUAAACGUCCUCAAAUCUGGGCAAAUAAUCUCAUAAAGUAAUACAAGAUGGUCUUAUCACAGAAUCACAACUCUCAGUAGAAAUGGGCCUGGCUGUGUCGUGGUUCUGUUGCUUCACUGAUUGUUAAGAGGUGUAAUUUCAGAUCCUAUGAUUGUUGUUCCAGAAUUAAAUACUGUUUCAUUAAAAAAAAAUCAGGAAGUAAAAAGCUGGAAUCAGGAUAAGUGAUCAUGAAGCUGUUGGAUUGUCAUAAAAUUCCAACAGAUUCACUGUUUUCCUUAAAGAAAUUUCCUGCCUUACCUGGGUCUGAACCAAGCUGUGCUCUCAUAGCAACUAUAUUUUGAAAUAAGAUCACUUGUAAUGGGCAAUGAAUGUGGCCAUGCCAGUGAUAGUGGAGGCAAUGAAUAAAUAAACUUCCAGCUCUGGCUGCUUUCCCCAAAAGCAUAAUUCAAACUUGCUCUCAGCCUCCACACUUUUCGUUCUGUUCCCAUGUUUUCACUCACCCCCCCCCACACAGAAAGGGCUUCUGGAAUUCAUAACUGUAUCAGCCAAUUUCCACUUGCCCUCUCAACUUGCCCUCUCAACUUGCCCUCUCAACUUGCCCUCUCAACUUGCCCUCUCAACUUGCCCUCUCCUCUCUCUUCUCAGCCACCCCUCUGCUCAAUCACCCACCAUUCACUCCCUCCCACUCACUACCCUCCAUCUCUCCGUCUCUUCACCCUACCCUCCACUGACCUAUCCACCACUAUUCUUCCCUUCAUUCACCCUCCCCACCUCUUGCUCUACAUGCUCCAUGCAUUCCCUUCCCCACUCACCCUCCAUCCUACCUUCAAUAUUCUCCCUCUAUGUACUCCUCUCUACUCACUUCCCUUACCCCCUCACAUCCUUCUCUCCUUCUGUAGUUUCAUUUGCUUUUUAUAAUACAAAAUGAAAUUUUCCCCAAUGCCUUAAUGCUGCAAUGUUCUCCUUGCAAUCCAAUAGAAACAACUUAGGCUCGUUUAUGCCAUGUUAGCAUAGCCAGAACUGGCACUAUACCACUGGUAGUAAAAACAAUCAUCAGCAGAAACACUCCAUAUUGCUAUCCAAUGACUCCUGUGAUGCCUUCCACAGUCAAAUAACAUGUUGUUAUUCCAUGGCUAGACUAAGAGUUCUUGAGGAACAUUCCAAACCAAGAUUAGUGCCUCAGUGGAUGAAGAGAAUAGGUGGGAAGAUGAAAUUCUUCCAGCUGAGAAUUUAUGAGCAAAUUUUAAUUAGGUUUUUGCAUUCCUCUCCAACCAUGAGGAUAAGCACAAUAUCCAACCCCAGGCUGAUUUAUAUUUAAGCAGAGAUCUCUCACUCCAACAAUCCGGCAACCUUGGGACGAUGAUGAUGCUGGACUAUUGGAUGUUACUUGUAUUAUUCCAACACCUUUUAUUUCACUUUUUUUACAUGUUACACAGUGGUAUUGUAAGUUUUCCAGUGAAUCCAUUGAGUUUAGAGGGGAAGGGAACUGAACUCUGGAAAAUUUAAAGGGAGUGUGGAAGCAGAACCCAGAGAAUUUCAGCUUGUAAGUUUCAGCUUGUAACCCAGCUCUGGCUGUACACCCAGCCUACAUUCUCAGUCACACAAGCCCAACAUCACAAGUACGCACAUCUGCGGAUAGCAGGUCCAUGGAUAACAAGGGUUAGUGUAUUAAUGAAAGAGCCAGCUGCCGAGCUAUCAGAGUUUCCAAACAAUUGGAUAUCAGAUUAUUGGAAUUUUAUUGUUAAAAAGUCUAAUUAAGCUUCACUGCUUCCUGUUGAAUCCAGACAUAUCACAGCAGGUCCAGCAGAAGCUAAUCUCCAGGGUUAGUCACUCAAAGGCCAUUGAUAUUCAGAGCCAACAAACAUCCCCCUCAAAGUUUCUCAAAUCUCAAUGCUAUUUAGCAACCAUCUUCGUUGUUGAGGGCAGCUAGUCUCAAUAUCACUGGCCAAUCAGUGUUGGUUUGCAAAUUACAGUAUUAAAGCUUGCAAAAUCGACAGCUAAAUAGGCAGCACAUAGCUGCUCCUGAAGAUUAAUCGUUGCACUUUGUAUAGUGUUCAGAGAUUGACUUGUACUUGGAUUAGACACCAGUAGUAAACAGUCCCGUAUGUGUUAUUGGUACUUUAGGUAAAGUAGUGUAAGUACGUGUAUUUGGGGAGAGAAUUAUUCUAGACUUUCUGUGGAGCCCAGUUAAUGUAUAGCACAUGAUGGUAAGCACAGUGGGAACAUAACUUUGCCAUUUCUCUAGAUAUAAUGUUGUGAUAUCCUGAUGUUUCAGAGGUAUAUAGAUUUCAGCUUUCCAGUGUUGAUUUUGUUUCAAGUUGUACAAUCAGAUGGAUCAGAUAUAAUUGUCCAUUGCACUUUAUUAUUCCUAGAGGUGCAGCAAUUAAUUGGAAUAUGAAAUCAUGUGGGACAGCAUGCCAUUUGCUCCACUGCACUUGUGCUGGCUGUUUGAAUGAACUAUCCCUGUGCCCCUGCUCUUUCUCCACAGACAUGCAGAUUUCAUUUCUUUGACUACUUAAUCAGUUUGUUUUUGAAAGUUACAAUUACAUUUGCUUUCAACUGGCAUCUUCUCACUUUAAGUGUCAUAUUAGCAUCCAUUCAAAUUAAGAAAUUGUUAGAUGGACAUGGAAAUGGAAAAUUAUUUGCAGCAUGUCCUUUGCGAUACGAAUUUUCCUAAGCUUGCAACCACAAAGUAGCUCCUGUACUUAAAUCCCUGUUUAUGUGGUGCCAGGGACAUCAACAGUUGGUACCUGGUACUGCAGGCAAGGAAGAGUACACCGCAAGUUAGUGAACCGCAAGUUAGUGGUUAUGAUCAAGCUCCCAAUUCCAUGAUUAACUAGCUGGUUACAGACAACGUCUGGUAAAGAUAAUGAAUUCAUUCUUUGAGUCCCCUAGGAAUGGAUUCCCAGGAUUCCUGAAUUUCCUGGUCUUACACAACAACCAUAGAACCAUAGAACCAUACAGCACAAAACAGGCCCUUCGGCCCACCAUGUUGUGCCGUCCAUCAAACCACCCUCACACUAUCUAAGCCUUUCCUCCCGCAUAUCCCUCUAUCUCACAUUCCUCCAUAUGCCUAUCCAACAAACUCUUGAACCUGUCUAAUGUAUCUGCCUCCACCACCACCCCAGGCGGUGCAUUCCAUGCACCAACCACUCUCUGGGUGAAAAACCUCCCAGAAUGACUGUGGAUUGUACUGUUAUUCCUCUCUGUCUCUCACACUGGGAACAGAAAGCUGCCAAUCAGUGGCUGCUGACCAGUGAUAAGUGACAUGUCUAGCAACUCUCAGUCAAGUUUGCCACUUACAAGAGAGGAGGAAGUAGAGGUAAAAUGGAAGAAGCCAAACCUGACUUUAACCCAAUGAUAAUCAGUCUUCAUUUGACAGAACUCGAGUCCAGAGCCUAUCUGGGUGAAUGCAGUGAUACCCCUAUGCUCUGUAGUAUUAUAGGAACCUCAUUGUACUGCAUUAACCCCCUGAAUACUUCCAGAACUUGAACUUCUGUUUUCCUCAUGAGUGUGAGUUGCAGAACAAACCUGGUUAAUACUUACCUGACCUCUCACCCAAACGAACAGCCAAUGCAAACGAUACGCAGUAGAGAAUGAGUGUUUCCCAAUGUUCUUCUGUGGGAUAGGAGUUGACCAUUCCUACCACAGUGCAAAUCAGCAUAGGUGCCAAGCCUCUGAAAGAAGCUCUGAAUUGGACAAUAAAUGACCAGAGAGUUUCACAAGAUUACAGACAAGAAGUGCUGGUAAUAUAAACUGGCAGGUAUUCAAAAGAGGAACAGUUGUCACCAAGAAAGAUAUUCAUUCCAGGACUUCCUCAUCUUAUUGGACCCGCUGUUUAAUUCCAGCAUUUGCUGAGUCCAGGCAAUUUCCAGUGCCUGUGGGUUUACAUUUGACUGGUAAAAGUCUGAGCAGCUAACCACUGACACAAUAACCUGAUUUACUCUGAUAUGGCAGCCAGUUAUUAACAUUAUAUCAGUGGCCUGUGAUUUUCACCGACUAGGAGACCACAUUAACAUUAAUAUAGUUACCAGUAAUUAACUCACAUAGUGACCAGUGCUUAACACUAACAGAAUUUAUACUUUCAUGGUAAUGAUUAUCACCAACAUAGUGACCAGUGAGCCAAACUGACACAGGAACCAGUUACUAAUAUGGUCAUGGUAGCCAGUGACUUACAAUGGUGAUCUGGAAUUUAUAGUCACUGAUCACCACUGAUAUUCCUCUACUUAUAAGGGCUGAUCAGGCAGGGCAUUGCAAAAAUGUGAGUAGUUGGUUCUGCCAUCUCUCCAGCGUGAUUUUACUUCUCAGGGGAUUCACUGCUGAGGCUACAGAUAUGGCACAGGGAUGCAGAAGGUUGGUCACUUUCAAUGCUUGAAGUGAAGGAAGGGCACUGCCAUCAAGGUCUAGCAACAAUCUGUCCACAUAACUUGCACAAUGAGCUGUGAGCCAUCACCUGGUGCCCUCUUACUUUCAUUGUUUGUUCUUGUCUCCAUAUUGAGAAUGGGCUGUGUCUAUGUAAACCAGUCGUGCAAUAAUGACACCUUUCUGCCAGGGAUGGCUCUGCAGCACCUUCACUGUAAAUCAGGUUGUAAAAUUUUAUUAUAUGAAGAUUAACAGAAGACUUUGCAAGUGUACGACUUUUCAUAUUUAUGGAUAAAAGGCGGACAUGAAAUAAAGUCAAAUAGAACUUAAGACACCAAAGGAAAUUUGUCCUCUGAUAUAUGUGCUAAAUGCAUGAUAUAAUACCAUAUGUACAUUUCAUAAAUGGAGUUCAACACACAUUUAACAUACACAGAAAAACUCAUGUGGGAGAAGUGAUUGAAAAAAAGCACAAUGAAUUGUGAGCAAAACACAACAUGCUGAAGGAACUCAGCAGGUCAGGCAGCAUCUAUGGUGUGUUGCUCCAGAUUCCAGCAUCUGCAGAAUCUCUUGUGUCUCCGACAAUGAAUUGUGAAUUGUUUUAAGCAUAUUUAUCUAUUUACUACUACAGCAAUCUAUUUACUGCCCAAUAACCACUCAGGACCACUAUGAGUAAGCUCAAAUCAAAAGGCCGAUACAAAAAAACAUAAAAUUCCAGGAGCUGCCAGCAACCACGGGAUUAAUUUUCUCUGUCUUUAAAUCCCUUUCUAGAGAAGAAUCCUUUGCCCUGGUGCGCGAUUAUUGCUAAAGCCCUGCAAUUGCUGCACCUCUGGCCUCUGUAGGUAGAAUAUUGGCCAAUUUGGUAUUUGUGUGACUUAGAGAAUGUAGUACUAGUCUAAGGAUAUUUAUAUUGUACAUUGAACCUGUAUAUGUCUGUGUACAUUAUGUUAAAUUAAGAAAAUUACAGAAGUUUUGCUGAAUAUUUUCAUGCUAUUGUUGGUUAGUAGUGCUGUAUAUAUUCACUGUAUAUUUAAUAUAUAUUACCACAUGAGAACGUACAAUUUUCUUGUUUUUGUAUUGUUUGAAGAAUUUUCUUGUCUGUUUAUUGAUAGUUUGUCAUUCUUUUGGUUUACUCUUUUAUUUCAUUUUCUGUGCAAAACUUGAUGUCUUAUGGAUGGGUGUUCAAACCUCCUGGUGGGUCUGUUUGGGAAGACUCUGGAACAGGUGCACAUUAAGCCAAGGCUGGCACUUUAGGCUGGACAAUAGAUUGGGCCAGGGCCUAGAUUCAUAAAAUCAGAAAUUCACAGGACAGGAAGUCAUUGCAUUGAUGAAAGUUGGCAAUUAGCUAUCCAGCCUUUUCCCACUUCACACAUUCUUGAUCUGCAUCCUUGGAGGUAAAGGAACUUAACGUGCAUAUCUGUAUAGUUUUUAAAUAUGUUAAUCAUUUUUCUCUCCACUUUGAGACUGUCGAUUAUAGUGCUCUGUCUCUGUGAUUUGUGAGUGUGUCUGUCAAUUAGGGGUGGAAUCUUACUGUCUACAGUAUUCCAGUUGCCAUUAAGGAUGAAUGAAUGAAUAUGUUUAGGGCCAUGUCACUAAUUAUGUAAAUCGGGAGAUGUGAUUAUUAAAAAAAGGA